CUUUCAAUAUUUCGAUUAAGAAUAGUGGUGUGUUAAUAGUUUUCCCCGCCUCUGUUCUAGGCAUUACUAAACCCGGUGAAUCCAUUAAUCCAAGCCCGACUCUUUAAUUGCUUUCAGUAGGAUUCCUUUGGGUUCACAGUUUCAUAUCGAUCAUCUCGUGCAUUAUCAAAUACCAAUGGACCAAUUUGGCAUGGGUGAUUACUACAUCGGCAGCGAUGAAGAUGAAGAAGUCUACUUGAGUCAUGAUGAGGAGGAUUAUUAUGCUUUUAAAAAUUAUUACCACUGUCACCCUGUUUCUUCCACUGAAAAGUUAAAUUUGGAAUCGGGCAAUAAGAUUAUCAUGCCCCCUUCAGCACUUAAUAAACUUUUGUAUGCUGGAGUGGAAUACCCUAUGUUAUUUGAAAUGAGACAUCCUUCUAAUAGAAAAUUUUCUCACUGUGGAGUCCUAGAAUUCACUGCUGAAGAGGGAAAAAUUUGUGUACCGAGUUGGAUGAUGAAAAAUAUGCAGCUGGAAGAUGCAGAUCUUGUGCUUCUGAAAAGCACCACACUUGUAAAAGGAACAUACCUCAAGCUGCAGCCUCACACAAAGAAUUUCAUGGAUCUCUCAAAUAUAAAAGCAAUGCUGGAGAUUAAUCUGAGGAGUUUUUCAUGUGUAACAACUGGGGACACAAUAAUGAUUCCAUACAACAACAAAGAGUACUACAUUGAUGUGAUUGAAACUAAGCCAUCUUAUGCUAUCAGCCUCAUUGAAACAGACUGCGAAGUUGAUUUUGCCCCACCUCUUGAUUAUAAAGAAGAAGUUAAGAAACAGUUGCCAUCUACUUCAUCUGACAGGAAACAACAGCAACAGCAAGAAGCUGAUGACACUGACAUUCUAACAAAGAUCGGAGAGUUUGCACCAUUCUCUGGUUCUGCAAGGCGUUUAGAUGGUAAGCCAUCCACACCAUCAGAUAAACAAGCUUCUUCUUUCUCUUGUAUGGCAAAACAGCAAGGUGACGAUGAACACAAGAGUUCUGAUUCCAAGUCUUCGUCGAAUAAUGUUUCAUCUACAACUUCUGGGAAGCUUCUCUUUGGGUCAAGACCACACAAGGCCUCUCAGAAAUCCACUAAUCAAGACAAGGCAGAAAUAACCCAGAAGCCACAAGAACCAAAGUUUCAAGCUUUCACAGGAAAAAAGUAUUCGCUAAGAAGUUGAUUCUUUUGUUAGGCCUUUUUCUGUGUCUGGAGUUUAAUUUUAAUUUACCGUGUAACAGUAACAUUAUUAGUCCAAUGGUUUUUUAUUUUAUUUUUUUUUGCUGAAACCUAACAAGAAAUAUAUUCAUUCCUUUCUUGAC